AUGUCUAAAGAAGUCUUAGUUAUUGGUGGUAGAAGUUCCAAGCUUGCCGUUGCUCAAUCGACUAAAGUUAAAGAGCUUAUUGAAGAACAGUUCCCUCAAUAUGAAUGUCGUAUUGUUGCUCUAAAGACAUUGGGUGAUCAAAUUCAAAGCAAGCCUUUGUAUUCAUUUGGUGGUAAAGCUGUUUGGACAAAAGAAUUAGAGGAUUUGUUAUACCAUGAGGAUGCAAAAGAAAGAAUUGAUUUGAUUGUUCAUUCCUUAAAAGAUGUACCAACUUUAUUGCCAGAUGGCUUUGAAAUUGGUGCUAUUACAAAACGUGUAGACCCUUCUGAUUGUUUAGUUAUGCCAAUUGAUUCUAAAUAUAAAUCUUUAGACGACUUGCCAAAUGGCAGUAUUGUUGGUACUUCUUCAAUUAGAAGAAGUGCUCAAUUAAAACGUAGAUAUCCACAUUUAAAAUUUGAAAGUGUAAGAGGUAAUAUCCAUACAAGAUUAAAGAAAGUUGAUGAUCCAGAAUCUCACUAUCAAUGUAUUAUCUUGGCUGCAGCAGGUUUGAUACGUAUGGGUUUAGAAUCAAGAAUUACUCAAACUUUUAACUCUACUAUGAUGUAUCAUGCUGUAGGUCAAGGUGCAAUGGGUAUAGAAAUCAGAGAAGGUGACGAGAAAUUGAGAAAUAUCUUGUCCAAGAUAUCUGAUGAAGAAACUACUGUGUGCUGUUUAGCAGAACGUUCUUUAAUGAGAACUUUAGAAGGUGGUUGCUCCGUUCCAAUUGGUGUAGAAACUAAAUAUGAUGCAAGUAAAAAAGAAUUACUCUUAAAGGGUAUUGUUGUUGAUGUAGACGGUACAAAAGCUAUUGAAGAACAACACUCCAUUAUUAUUCAAGACUCUAAAGAAGAUUCCAUGGCCUGUGGUAAAGCAUUAGCAGAAAAAAUGAAACAAGCAGGUGCAAAGACAAUUUUAGAUUCUAUCAAUUUAGAUAGAAUUCAUUAA